AUGGGUCGACAUAUAGCAAAAGUACAAGGCACGUCCUUACAGCGUGGGCAGGCAAAAUCUUUAAUCCAAGAAUCUCUUGAAAGAUUAACAGUCAUUCCGACCAUCGGUUACGUUUUAUUGGAGAUAGAUGACUUGACGGAUGUUAAAGAGGCCAAUUACCGAUUUAUUGAAUUCAAGGAAGAUGACUGUAAUGAACAUUCACGAAGUUUGAAAAAAUAUUAUGUGGAACGAAUUCAGGAAACAGAAAAGGUACCCAAAGUGACCGAUGUCAUGGAUGAUCUGGCGAAUCAGCUACGUCAUGGUCUUUUGCUUCCAUCACUCAAAACUGGGGACUUUACAACAUCCGAUAAACUUGAUGAAUGUUUAGAGGUCAUAUCGUCGAAGCUUUCUGAUGUCGAUCCCACAUAUCCAGAGGGAAAAGAAAUACGUCUCAACGUAUUUUUUGGUCGGCAGCUUUUUACCAGAAUCAAUAAGAUUAAGGAUCAAAACUUUGACAUCCAUGAUUGGUGCGGGUUUGAACGGAACAAUAAAUUCCGUCUAAGUACGUCGUUCCAACACGAUGCACCACAAAUCAUUGAAAAAAUGUCCAUAAUUCAAAAGAAAUUUAGAUUACAAUCAAAACCAGAAACAAUAAUUGGGAAUAAAGGAAGCAUUACUGUUUAUUACACGCAUAAUGAAAAAAAAAGAAAAUUUAAAUUACACUGGAAUCCAGAUAAAGGAUUAUGGGAAUUAACGAAAGCGGUAAAAGACAUCCGUCGUCAUGCAAUUAUGGAUUUCGUAUCCGGAUCUCGACGGCCUGAUUUAAGGUUUUUAUUAAAAACUCAAUGUGAUCACCAUAUUGAUAGUAAAUUGGAGAAGAUAAUUCAAGAUCUUCAGCCUGUUAAAUAUCUCGAUAGUGAGGAUGGAAUGUUGUUUCGUGAAAAAGAUUUUUCUAAAUUUAUUGACUGUGUCGGCGUCAGACAGACUGUUAGAAAACUUAGAUAUAGUAAUGGCGAAUUUCAAGUUACCCAUGCUACCAUUUGCCAAGAGGUGAAAGGUAAAUUCUCGAAAGAAGAAUUCAUUUCCGUUAAAAGCCUUUCUUGGCGGAAAGUUGAAAAUAUUGAUAAAUCACCUAUGCGGCAUUUUGACGAGGAAGAAAUUAUAUCUACUAUCCGGGAUACGAUCGAAUUUGCCAGGCAAAUUACCAAGGUCAUUUCCUGA